AUGGAAGGUCCGAAUUUGCGCUCGAAAUACACCUGCAAAAGUGUCAGUCCUUUGGGAAAUGACAGUACCAUUUAUGCGGGCUUGGUUAUCGAUGCCGUACUUGAUUCGGCUAUUUUGAAGGGGAAACUCACCGAGUUAAUUGGAUUAUGGCCAAUACUUGGCGGUGAUUUGCGCAAAGACACAAAACCAUGGUCUUUCACCUGUGGCUCUACUGUCGAUUACACCAGCAGGGCUAUUGACCAAUCACUGACUACAUAUCUUCCAAUUCAUCACGAACACAAUAGCAAUGAGCCAAGAAUUAUGAAAAUCUCGGAACUAUCUGAAAUUGAUGAGAGAUUCGUAUUCGAUGUCUCUCCCAGCUUCACAAACAGUUUCCGCCUUCGCGUCACUCUCCUUCAAGAUGCUACAUUGCUCUGUUUUGGGAUCGCGCACCAUAUUUGCGACGGCAAUGAUUGCUGGGAAGUGGUUAAAGCAUUCUGUGACCUACUUUCUAAUAAGACAAUCCCUUUGUUUGCUCUUCCACCCGAUGCCGGGGAUGUCCGAAUGUCUGAUCUGAUAAAAGUCAAAAAUGGGCGCACCGAAACGGAGGCCAAUUUUCACUACCAGAUGCAUUCGCAAAACUACGACAGCGGGAUAUUUAAGCUAGCAAUUAUUGUGUGGCGUGUGCUGCUGGCAGUUCUUGCUGUGAAGUUUGGAUUCCGGGAGGAUUUCAAAACCAAGUUUGUCUACAUUUCAGGCACAUGGGUCGACGAGUUACGGAUCAAAUCACAGGAAGGGCUGAAGGAUUGUUCCCCUGAGAUUCAACUCACACGAAAUGAUGUUAUCGCUGCAUGGUAUCUGAAAUGCGUCUAUUCCGCUCAACCUACACCUACGUCUCCUAAUCCAGUGGACUACUUCGGGGUUAUUAACUUUCGCCGCUUCCUCGAGCCCCCAAAGGCUGGAACAUACUACAUCCGUUGUAGCGUUGGGCCUCUUCGGUGUAAAUUCUCUGUGCAGCAGCUGAAAAAAGCCUCAGUUGGUGAGAUUGCACGGGAUAUACGCCUCACGACACUGCAAUAUACGUCCACCGGAUCCGUCCAACAAAGCCUUCGAUUCUCAGAAGAUCAUUCGUCAAAGACCCUAUCGUUAGCGCUGCGUGGGACUGGAAAACUAGGCUUAGCUGUUGUGUCCCACUGGACAACAUUCGAUUAUACAGGUCUUGAUUUCUCCGGAGCCAGACUGAACGGGCAAAAAGCGUCAGUUGUAUUUGUCAAUCCCAUGAUUGUGAACACAUUGAAACUCAACAUAGUACCUGUGGCAGUCGUCACGAAGGAUGGGUCGGGAGGUUACUGGAUUCGCGCUACAAAUACGUCAACUGGCUGGGAACGGUUCAGCCGAUCUCACGGUAUGGAAAGUCUGUUCCCUACACAGUGA